AUGAUAUUUUUACAGAUGACUGGUCUUGAUGUAGAUAAAGAUCAUAUAUUAGAAAUUGCCUGCAUUGUAACAGAUAAAAAAUUAAAUAUUGUUAGCGAGGAACUAAAUAUUGUAGUACAUCAGUCAGACGCGGUAUUAGAAAAUAUGAAUGACUGGAGUAAAGAAAACCACAGUAAGACGGGAUUAACUGAAAGCUCUCGUUUAAGUACUGUAUCAUUGGAAGAGGCCGAGAAGAGAGUAUUUGAUUUUUUAAAAAAAUAUGUUCAUGAACAUUCAUGCCCGUUGGCUGGAAGUUCGGUGUACAUGGAUCGUUUUUUUUUAUACAAGUAUAUGCCACUAGUUAAUAAUUACUUACACUACAGAAUUAUCGAUGUUGCUACAGUUAAGGAAAUUGCUAGGAGAUGGAAUCCGAAUGUAUAUAAUUCAGCACCAAAAAAGAAACUAAAUCAUAGAGCUUUGGAUGAUAUAAAAGAAAGUAUUGAUGAGCUAAGACAUUAUAAAAAACAUUUCAAAAUUGCAACUGAAACGCAUCGUUUAUUAACUGAAGUGUACGGUGAUGAAAAUGCAUCGGAAAAAACAUGUAGAGUUUUGUUUGAACACUUUCGAAACGGUGAUUUUGACGUGAGUGACAAAGAACGUCCCGAACGUCGAGCUGCAAGAUUGCUCGAUGAGAAUCCAGCUAAAACGUUUUUACAGUAG